AUGCAGCUCAUCAACCUCUACGCCCUCACCGUCUUCGCCACAUCAGCCCUGGCAGCAGACUGCUUCGGCAACGGUAACAAGGACAUCGGAAAGUUCAUCACAGCCUACUGGGAUGCUCGUGAGAGAAUGUGCAGUAACUCUGGUUGUACUUACCAAGAGGCUUGCACUACCUCCGGAUCUUUCACUGUCAAGGGUCUUGGUGUUGACACUAUCCUGAACGUCGAGAUGAAGCGCAAGAACACUGGUGGCAAGAAGGGAUUCAAGGAUUGCUGGGACGCGACUGAGGACAUUAUCAACCAGUGCCCCAAGGGUGGUUCGAAGCAGUUAAGUGGAUCGUGGGAGGCCAACGGUCAGCUUUAUCAGGUUGAUUUGGAUGCGCGUAUCGACCCAGUUUGUCUACGUUCUCCGAGCUCAUAUGCGAUGAUCAGGCCAUCCUCGUCUGGCGGUUCUCCCUUUACGGCCCGUCACGCAUGCGAGAUUUGCAGCCCGAUUUCUCAGCGUCGUACUCGCGAUGAACAGCUGCAGGAGCUCCAGGAGCGAUUGGCCAAGACCGAAGCCCAGCUCGCUCUUGAGACCCCGCGGCCGAGGAGAGGUUCUAUGACCUCUCAUUUACAGCCACCGUCGACCACUACUGCACCCGUUUUGUCAUCACGUUGGCCAGAUGGUCUGGGCUCUAUCACGCCAAACACCAGCACCCAGGACCAACUUGCGACAACAGCAUCAUCACGUGUAUCUAGUCUCCCCGGAUCUGUAGGUCCGUUCACUGGCCGCAAUCCCGUGGAGCUAGACAGCCACCGAAACAUGGGUACGGCUAUCGACCUGCCGACUAAUAGCUCACCCAUGCUAGAUAUUGAUCUCUUUAACCCAGGAGCUGACUCCAAUAUGGCUUUCGAUUGGUGCAAUCAGGUGACAGCCCUGGAACCGCUGGAUAACAUACUACUCACCCGCCUAUCGCCGCGAUCUCUGGCUCAUAGUGGCACCGAAGAGGAAAUCUCGCACGCAGAACUAAACUCACUGCACAAGUACUACUUUGAAUCCAUUUAUUUCUCCUUUCCCUUCUUGAACCAAGACCGCUUUGCGGCAGAAUCGAUGGGAGGCGGUCUUGCGAUAAGCGCUCUCAUUUACGCAGUCGCACUCGCUGGAUGCGCUCAUUCUUCCACUUCUCAAAGCAAAGAGUCUGCCUGCUAUGUAUUAGCAAGAAACUAUGCAGAGAAGUGCGAACGAGAUGGCCAGUUGAACGAGCUCAACUUAUUGCAGGCCCUACUCUUCAUCGGAAGAUAUGAGGCUAUGGUUGGGAAGCUCGAGAGGAGCUGGAUGACCCUGGGACGUGCUGUUAUGUUAUCCAGGCUGCUUGGACUGCCCUACAUGGACAAGCGAAAUGAAGGCGAUGGGCUUCAGAACUCUCAAAGCCAUGAUGGCUCUGGACUGAACCUGCCUGAAACGACUGAUCAGGUUCUUCUGGAGGAACGAAGAAGGACCUUCUGGGCUUUGUACAUAUUGCUCAGUUACGUCAAGACACGUACUGGAUGGCAAUGCAUGCUCAGCGAUAUAAAGAAAUUUUACAUCAACCUCCCAUCACCUGGUCUGCUGAGAUCAGAUCUAGUCCCGCUCAAGAUGCCCUAUCUCUCAGAUAUAGAGCUCGAGCCCAGCACCGAGAUCUCAUCCUAUGCAGGAUGCGUCCUGAUGGUAGAGCUGGCCCUGCGAUGUUUUGAACAUGGACAAAAGCGGACUUCGGAGAGCUUCUGGGAUGGCUACUGCGAUCUUGUGAAGAAGAUAGACGUCCUUUUCGGAAUGCUGAAACGUCACCUCAACGCUACAUCUAUCCGAGAGGACCCCGUUGCCUUCAGCCUAUAUCUAAAUCUCCGUGCAACUGAGAUAUUUUCCCAUGAGUCGGCCAUUGCGCGGAGCGAAGAGCAAGGUCUACCACCACUGAUGACGGCUGAGAGUCAACGUCGUGCCACGGCAGCUGCUUUCCAGAUAUCGACCGCAGUGCGUCUCAAUCUUCCCUCGCCUGGGAAGACCGAAAGCGAUAUUAUUAUGCUGCAAGCCAUUUUCAUCGCGUGGCCGCUUACUAUGGCCUUGAAAGCAUUUUAUCGUGAACUGAUGAACGGUUGUAGCCGCGACGGUAUUAAUGGCGUUGUUGCGUCGUCGAGGUUACUAUUUGCUGCUCUGGACCAUAUUGAGGAGUCAGGCGGACAUUGGCAUCGCAGCGUCGCGCAUGUUGAGAGGAAGCUUCAGGAAUGGGAAGAGAAGAAUAGUUUCAACUCGCUCACCUUGUGA